AAUCUGUGCUUCAUCUGUGUAAAAACACGAGUUGAGGGAUUGCGUAGUGGUGCCGCCGCGGCCGGAGUCCGAAUUCCGAUGGCGAACAACAACAAUCAACCGACGAGUCCACCCUACCUUCCCUACCGCCAGAAAAAAGUUCUCACCGGACAUACAAGCGCCGUCUCUUGCGUGAAGUUCGCCAAUAAUGGACAACUCUUUGCUUCCGCCUCCUUGGACAAAACCCUAAUCGUCUGGUCCACCCAAACCCUAACUCAGCUUUCACGUCUCGUCGGCCAUUCCGAAGGCGUCUCUGACCUAUCAUGGUCGUCUGAUUCAAGUUACAUAUGCUCCGCCUCUGACGAUCGUACGCUCCGUAUAUGGGAUGCACGCACAGCUGAGUCAGUCAAAACUCUCCGGGGACAUACUGGCUUUGUCUUCUGCGUUAAUUUUAAUCCUCAGUCCAAUCUCAUAGUUUCAGGUUCGUUUGAUGAGACUUUCCGGGUCUGGGAUGUGAAAACGGGGAAGCCAAUCCACGCGAUUAGGGCACAUUCGAUGCCAGUUACUUCGGUUCAUUUCAACAAAGAUGGGUCGUUGAUUGUUUCGGGUAGUCAUGAUGGGUCUUGUAAGAUAUGGGAUACGGCUUCUGGAGCUUGCCUCAAGACUCUUAUUGAUGAUAAGGUUCCAGCAGUUUCCUUCGCCAAGUUUUCACCUAAUGGCAAGUUUAUUCUUGUUGCCACCCUAGAUAAUACUCUUAAGCUAUGGAACUAUUCUAGUGGAAAAUUCAUAAAAAGUUACGCUGGUCAUGUUAACAGAGUGUACUGCAUAACUUCUACAUUUUCAGUCACGAAUGGGAAGUAUAUUGUGAGUGGCUCAGAGGAUCAAUGUGUCUACGUAUGGGAUUUGCAAGGGAAAAAUUUGCUGCAGAAAUUUGAAGGGCAUACUGAUACCGUCAUUUCAGUGUGUUGCCACCCCAUAGAAAACAUGAUUCUCUCAGCUGGACUAAAUAAUGACAGGACAGUGAGGGUUUGGGUCCAAGACUAAUGAAUAUCCUCAACUGUGGUUUUUGCCCAAGGAUGUUCGCUUGCAUUAGCUACUUUGUGUAAUUUGGCUGUCGCGAAGGGGCGUAACAGAUGGCAAUGAGUCCUCUGUGUUUAUGAAUAGUGCAGGUAUCUGCAUACCCUGGAAGUUGGUGGCAGAAGAUUUUGCGUUAUCAAGUUACAAAAAGCUGGCUACUGUAUUUUAUUUUUUAUAUGUGAGAAACUAGAUGGUGCCAUUCCUCCAGAAUACUGAGGAUACGCAUUUAUUAAUGUAGAGAAGUUAAAAUAUAUGAAUAGAAUGUGUUGUUUUCAUUCA